UCUCAUGGCAUGGAUGCGCGUCUAACGUCGUGCGCUGUUCCGCUUGCUGCCGUGUUCUCUGUAGCAGCGGCGUUGCGGAACAUUACUUAACGUUGUCAGCGUGACUGGAAGUUCCGUUGCUGUUGGUGUUUCGACGAACGGGUUCCGUGUGGUGCGUACUGAGUGGUGUUUUGUGACAGCGCGUGCCCAGGAGGGACGUGUGCAGUGACAGGUCCAGUGCGAUGAGAACGCACGUGGGAUUAUGUGUUCGGAUCGUCGUCGUCAUCGCCUUGGUUGUCUUCGGAUCCAGCAGAGCAGCGCCUCAGCAGCUAGGACCACGUUUCACGAAUUCCUUUCCGUCCAAAGCCAAGUUCUCAAAUUCUACGGGUUACUCUGUCCAUUGUGGCGCGACGGGUCAACCGACACCCACGCUAACUUGGUUACUGCCGGGCGACAGAGUGGCCUCCGCGGCGGACGGGCUGCGGAUAGUGUUACCCAAUGGCACACUUUAUUUCCCGCCCUUCUCGGCCGCCCAGUUCCGUCAGGAUAUUCACAGCACUACGUACCGGUGUAGGGCUUCCAAUCUCUUCGGCACCGUCCUCAGCACGCACGUUAAACUGAGAGGAACUGUACAGCAGUACUACGAGGUACUAGUGUACGACGAGUUCACAAUAGCCGGAAACACAGUGGUGCUCAGGUGUCACGUGCCAUCGUUCGUCAAGGACGACGUCACUGUCGUCGCUUGGGAGCAGAAGCUCAACGGCAAGAUCAACGUCCUCAACAACGGUAAGGAUUUUACUGGUUACUUAAUGGGCGUCACUGAUUGUCCUAAGAGUUAA